AUGCAAGGAAAUCCUUUUGGUUAUGGCCUUCCUCUGCAAAAAGGAUCUCCAAUAAAAUUAAUGAAGUACGAACCGGGUACUUCUACAAAUUUAGGGACGAUAAAAUUAAAUCAAUUGGCAUUGAAUAUUAUUGAAGGUAUCAAUGAGCCGGUUGCUAUAAUAGCUGUUGCGGGUGCAUAUCGCCGCGGAAAAUCUUUCUUUGCCAACCUUUUACUUGGUCGUCAUGACGGAUUCUCUCUUGGCUCACAAGUAGUUGGUUGUACAAAUGGUAUUGAUAUGUGGGAUACUCCAUUCUACGUGAAUGGAAGCAGAAUAAUAUUGUUGGAUUGUGAAGGAAUAAACGACCCACAACAAGAUUAUGAUUGGGCAACAAAAUUGUUUGUUCUAUGUCUCGCUAUAUCAUCAACGUUCAUAUAUAAUAUCAACGGGGUAAUCGAACGAAAUGAUAUCGAGAAACUUUUCUUAAUGAAAGAUCUUACGAAGUAUAUUCAACCACCGGAAAAUUGUCAAUUUUUGCCGCAGCUCGUUUUGUUGUUGCGUGAUUUCGAACUGGAACGUAAUAACUUGGACUUUCGUCAAUACUUUAUUGAUAGGCUAGCCAUGGUCAACUUCGAAGCCGCCCAAGGAAUUUAUGAAUUUUUCUCAAAUUUUCAAGUUCAUCCGAUUGCGCAUCCUGGUAUUCAUGGGGAAAGUUUGCAAAAUUUAGAGCGUGUUAAAAGUGAUCAAUUUAAUCAACAAUUCAUUUCGGAUAUACGCCAAACAAUUGACACGAUAUUCCGAACACUCAAUCCAAAAUAUAUCGGCGCUUCGGCGAUGUCUGGUUCAGCCUUUGCAAAAUUUUUGGCAGAUUGUGUAGCGCGAAUGAAUAAACCGGAAAACAACAUGUGUCUCUCGAUCCCAAGCGAAUACGUGUCAGUGGCUAGAUACGUUGGCCAACGAGCGAUCAAACAAGCUAUAAGAAUCUACCGAGAAGGGAUGCAAGAAAAUCUUCGAGAUCCUAUCAAAUGGACGGACUUUCGUGAUGCUCAUGCAGAAUGUUUAAAACGAGCUCAAAAAAUUUUCUUUGAUAAGAUUUUGGGUACGGCUUCACAUAUUAAAGCGACCGAAGAAGAAUUUUCGGAGGAUAUUGAAGAAGCUAAAGAAGAAUAUGUUAAGCAAAAUUCGAGAGCUUUGGAGCAAUUUAAUAAGAAUAUCGCUGACGCUUCUUGGAGAAAGCAUUUAGUGCGGCAAUAUGAUGUGAUGAACGAAACUGUGUUAUUGAAAGCACUCGAAGACUUUAAUUUCGACUUUAGUUGGAAAAUGGUUCCAGGGCCGGAGGCCGUACGCGUAUUACAACGAUAUGUAUCAACAGAAUACCAAGAACUGAUUAUGCGCUUAGGAGAAAGCAAUCACAUAUCCUGGGAAACGACAUUACGACUACUUGAAAUAUCUAAUAAUGAAAAAGAACUACUCGAAGCCGUAGCACCCGAACAAGAAACAGAUCUGCAAUUGAUAUUCGCGCAAAUAAAAACCAAGGAACGAGAGAAACAAUACCAGAACAAGCUAGAACAACUUUGGACAUGCGUGAGGCAACAGCCGAAUAUAAAACAAUCUCAAAUUGAGCAGGUUCAACAAGAGAAUAGACAGGUUAUGGAAGAAGUCAAAGAACAAAAUCAAAAAAAAGAAUUUCAAUUACUUCAAUUCUCAUCUCUUCGGAAGAAAAUGACCAAAGAAAGGACGGAGAAGUUGUGGAAAGUCUUAAAAGUUGUUGGACAAGUGACUUCGAUUGCAUUCACCGUGAUUGGUUUUUUAAAUUGA